GUAUUAUGUUGUAGAAUGGCAUGGGUUUCAAGAUAAUAAUCAAUAGGUUAUUGUGUGUUCCUUGCGGUACAAUGUUAUGGAUACAUCAAAGAAUGAAUGCAAGUAAAGAACAAACUUUACGUUUUGCAAAACUGAUGAGUUUGCUUGUUGUUUCAACCGUUUUUGUUUUAUUGACAAUGCUGCUGAUAUCUCAAUCAUUUAUAUUUUCUCCGGUCAAAAGAAAUGUUGAAAAAUCAAACAAUGGACAUUUUUCAGUCGAUGAAUCAUUUCUACUUUUAUAUAGAUCUGGAAUUACAAGAACUAAUACAUUUGAUGAUACAAAAAAUAAACUUCUUACACAAGAAAAAUUUGGUGAUAAAUUUGCUCAAGCGAAUUUUCUUCACCUAAAAUUACAACAUCUUGUUGCUUUAAGUUACCUCAGUUCCCCUUUUCAAAGUUCAUCAGUUGCCAAAUCUGAUCGAAAAACACCACCUAAAGAAGAUGACUUCAAUAUUUUUGGCAACAUCAAUUUUACAUUUUUAGUUAAUGAACUCAAUGUUGUUCUAAAGGUUCAGAAUUUUUAUCUUCGACAGUGGGGAUGUCGGGAGUUAAAAAAUUUAAAAUUUCCCGCUCAUGUUGUUAAAACGCAACACGGUAUGGUGGGUAAUGUGGCUUAUGGUGGAAAAAAUGUUGCAUUGCAAACUUGUGUUGCAGAUGUUGAUGAAUUAAUGGCUGCCAAAUGUGGUUCAGCAGAUUCUGAUACUUCACGUGAAAAUACAAACCGAUGCUUUUUGUUGAAAAAUCGUAGGAUGCUACAGCAAUAUCUAUUUCUUCAAGAAUUAUCUCAUCCAAAUAUUGUCAAGGUAUAUGGAGUGUGUAUUCAGACUGGAUCUAAUCCCACAGCUAGUUCUUUUACAUUAGCUAAAGAGGCUGGUUUAAUUGCAGACAUUGGUAAACUAAAAAUGCAGCCCUGGAAUCAUAGACUGAAAGUAGCAUUUGAUCUUGCCAACCUUGCUGUUUAUUUAGCUAAGAGCCCAAUUGGAAGCAUAAGGCUUGAAAGUUGGGCACCAAAUAAAUUCAUCAUCACGCAAGUCGGCUCUUCCACACUCACUGUAAAACUUUCUGAUUUUGAUCAAGCUAUUGUAUUGACUGAAAAGUCAUGCAAUUAUGAUCGAGACUGCUCAAUAGGCAAGAUAUCUUCAGCGGUCAAGUGUAUGCAUGGCCUUUGUAAAGAUUAUAAUGAAAAAUUCAACCUGUAUAAUUUGUAUAUUUCAUUUUUGAGUCCUGUUUUAGAGGACCAUAUUCCCUCACGAUUGUCUUCAGAAGCAACCAAUUUGUUUAAUAGUCUAAGAAACCUUGAAUACAAUGCCACUGUAUUGGUACAACUAUUAAAAUCCCUUAAACCUUCAAUGGAAGAAAUAGCAGAUGGUGCUCAUAUUAGGGGGGACCCUGAUAAUUUAUUACUACAAGACGGCCUUCACCCUCCUGAUGGUCUUCAAGUUGAUUCCUGGGAACAGCAUGAGUCCCAUAUUGCUAUUAAUGAGGUUGAUUUCAACCAAGAUCCUGUCAACCAAAAUAACAUACAACCCGUAAAUAACGUUGAUUCUGAAAAUAAUAACGCAUACAAGGACACAUUUGGUUAUAAAAAAAUCGACAAUGCUGAUUUCCCCGGAAGAUAUGAUUAUUAUUGUCCUCACAGUAAAGCUGAAUGGGGAUGUGUUGUUUCACUGCGUAAAUUAGAAGAUGCCGCCAAAAAGUGUGACGCUGAUGCUAAGUGUGAAGCGUUUGUGACGAUGCCACAUUUGCGAAAAGAAGGCUGGAUAAUAGUAAUUUUAAAAAGUGAUAACACUAGAGCUGUUGAUCAUGCCGGAACCACGGUAUAUAUAAAACCAUCGGAUGAAGAUGAUUCUAAAAAUAAUAAAGAUUAUGCAAAUGGUGGGGGAUUAGACUCCAGUGUUGUAAAACUAUGCUUGCAAGAUUUGGUUCAAGCACAAGAAUCUAUGCGAGAGAAACGAGAAAAAGAACUGAUGAAACCCUGUGGGUGGGAAGGAAUGAGCGACUCUAAAUUACAAUCCAUUGUUCUGGAUGCUACCGUUGCUGAUGCUACAAAAUUUAAACCAUCUCGCGGCAAAAUGGCGGUAGGGGGACAGAUGAACAUUAUGCUGGAAACUUCAUCAAAGCCUACUCCGGCUUUAUUUUUAGCCAAGAAAGGCCCAGAAGAAUUUCAUUUAGCACAAUUAACAACAUAUCAUUUAGAUAGAAUGUUGGGAUUAUACAAGAUUCUUCCAGCUUUUCUUCGUACUUUGACAGAGCAAGAGAUGACUGAUGCAGGUUUUCCAGUUGAUGUCGGUGGAAACCAGUUUGAUAUGUUCAGGCAACUUAAAAACGCAGAUCGUUCAUUGUCUGGAACUAUUGUACCCACUGCCGUCGGCAAAGUAGGAGUCGAACAUUAUAUUUCAGUCCCAAAAUUAGGACAAGUAACUAAUGCAGUCACUCCGUUUAGUCGUCGGCAAUAUGACGAUUUGGAGUAUUUAUUAUUAAUGUGGCUGGCAUCUUUACCGCUGCCGACAAAAGGUCACCCUAGUCUUCAAAGACAUCUUAUUCAUAUAAAAGCAGAUGAAGCGUUCAAAUCUGAGCCUUCACCUGUUGUUUUAUCAUAUUUUUAUAAUUGUCAUUUUCCGAGGAUCGCAGUUGAUGUUUUACGAAACUUGCGAACUGCUCAUUGUAAUUUUGGUGAUCAACUCAUUGCAAGAGUGCAGACUUCUUACCCUGAUUUGCAAGUGAGUGCUUUUUCUUUUAAACUUCCUGUCGCAGAUAUUGCAACAAGGAAUGCGAAUCGAUUACUUGAAGUAGUGGACUUAUGCGUUGGAAAAUUUGGUGAUAAUGUGGUCCUAUAUGACUCUUGAUGAAGGCUUUGGCUCAUGGAGCAAAACGGUGCAUUUGUAGCUGUCACAAUUGCCUCUAUUGUUGUGCAAUAUUUUCUAAAUGAUAUACCGUAAGGAAUCAGAUAAACCUUAUUCCUUAGAGAAGUUGCCAAAAUUUGAUGCAGAGCUGUUCGUAUUCAUGUGGGUAAUGUAAAAUUGUACCCAAUUCAUUGUUACAGUUUUGGAAACGACAAAUUUAAACAUUGUGCGAAAAAUUAUCAUUAUCCAUUUUUUAUGAGAGUGGGCAUAUAUUUUUUGCCUCAUUCAAAAUGAAAUAGCCAUUAUUUAACCAUGUUAUGAAGCUUCGGUCAAAUCAUGUUUCAUCCUCUUAGUUUCCCAAUUGAACAUUUUCAUUAACAUAAUUUUGUUUUACAAAGUUUCAUUCGAUACGACUUAAAUCACAGCAUCAUGAUCCACUUGUUCAGCUUAUCACAAUGACACUGUAUAUUUGCACAAAGCACACUUAUCUCAGCUAUGAAUAGCGUACUUUUUGAGAAAAUAUAUUUUUCUGCACAGCA